CAGGGGCGGUGGACUUUAGCAAAGACCAGGGUUGGGACGGGGUUGCCGAACAGAUUCUCUAGCCAGGGAGACAUAAGGCUGUCCUCUGGUGUGUGACUCUGGGACAGCUGAGAUUUGAUCACUGUGGCCCGAUAAAACGAUUGCAAAAUUGGCGCAGCGAGUCAAGUCAUCUGCGGCUAGUAUGGCACCGCGGCAAAUGGCACAAGCAAUUCAGGCACAAGCAAAACCAAGAAGUCAGAUCCACAAGCAAAAUGCCAGUGACGCUGGACUUGGAAUUGAAACGUGAUUCAGCAGAGUCCUCCAGUGAAGCAUUGCCUAAUGUAUUUCCUGUGGCCAAUUGGUGAUUAAAUUUUAAUAAUUUUAUUUUGAUAUUAUUUAACCUCUAUCGGUAUUUCCAUCUUCGCAGUUAUUUAUUUUUUUUUGGAGCCAUCCAGAGACACAGAUUUCGCUACGAACUGGAGUAGUAUAUGUAGACUUCAAGAUCACCGAAAUUUGAAAUUUAUUUUGGUUCUGGUUGGAUUCUUAGUUUGUUAGUACGCUUUGUCAGAUUUGUUUGAACAGGUGCUGUUGCCCUCUUCCUCGCAGUCCGCCAUACUCAGCUAGUCUAUAGCGUCUCACAAGAUCUAUAUAAUCUAUAAAAGCCAUAGGCUUAACUGAUCUUAAUUUGUCCAAAGUAUCAAACUAUCUUAUCUUACAAUACUUCAAAAAGAAUAGUGUAUGAAUUAUUAUUAUCGUCAUUAAGUUUAUUUCCACAUUAUAAUCUACUAUAGUCUUACUAUAGCCAUAUACUCACAUCUCAUUCAGACCCCAUGUCUCCCAUAACUCCGGCUGAAAAGUUGGCCAAGUCCACCACGUUCACGCAUCUCACAGCUACCACAAGCAAUAACAAUAUUGACGCUUCCAGCGUCAACUCCGAAACUCCCUUGCACGAUGAGACAGACUUGACAUACGGUCCUCAACAGCACAAGGGCGCUCCGCCAGCUCCGCCAGCUCCCCUCCAUAAACUCGCCUCCAGGCUCACGUCUGUCUCCACCAGGCGUGGCGAACAGCAGGCGCUUAUUUCGCACCAGGAGCUCACAACUUUGCAUGACCCCAAGUCGCUCAAGACACUCCAUGAUUUGGGAGGCUUCAACAGACUCUUGUCACUCUUGAACACUGAUACCUUCCGGGGUUUGAACGACACCGACUCCAGCGAUGCGGCUUUCCGAGUACAUAACUGGGGUGCCAACAGAUUGCCUACCAAACGCCAGAGAUCCUUCUUCCGCUUAUGCUUUGAAGCAUUGAAGGACAAGGUGUUGAUUCUCUUGUCUGUAGCAGCAGUUGUCUCGCUUGCUUUGGGACUCUACGAGACCUUUGGUGAGGGAACCAUGUACGAUGACGAGGGCAAACCGAUGCCCAAAGUCGACUGGGUGGAAGGUGUAGCAAUUUUGGUUGCUGUAGCCAUUGUUGUAUUGGUUGGUGCUGCCAACGACUACCAAAAAGAAAGACAGUUUGCUCACUUGAACGCGAAGAAGGAAGACCGUGAGUUGAUCGUAAUACGAAAUGGCCAGCAGAAGCUCAUUUCCAUAUACGACUUGUUGGUUGGUGACAUCAUAAACUUGCAGACCGGUGACGUUGUGCCUGCUGACUCCAUUUUGUUCCAGGGUGAAGUUGAAUGUGACGAAUCGGCUUUGACUGGUGAAUCCAAUACCAUCAAGAAAGUUCCUGCCGAAGAGGCCAUGGAAUUCUACAAGCUGCAAUUGCCUACUAAUGAAGAUGUAGGUUCUACCACUGUUAAGUUCAAGGACCCCUAUUUGAUAUCAGGAGCCAAAGUACUUUCUGGUCUUGGAAAUGCCAUUGUUACAGCCGUGGGUGUCAACUCUAUUCAUGGAAGAACCAUGAUGAGUUUGAGUCACGAGUCUGAAUCGACUCCCUUGCUGGAGCGUUUAGACAAUUUGGCUGAGGGUAUCUCUAAGUACGGUUUCUUAGCUGCCCUAUUAUUGUUCUUCAUCUUGCUCAUCAGAUUCUGUGUCAACAUAUCUGGUGACCGUUCGUUCAGCCAUCUCAAGAGCGCUGAAAAGGGUAAAAAGUUCUUGGACAUAUUAAUUACCGCAAUCACCAUCGUAGUUGUGGCUGUUCCUGAAGGUUUGCCCUUGGCUGUAACGUUGGCUUUGGCGUUUGCUACAACCAGAAUGGCCCAGAACGGUAACUUAGUCAGAGUAUUGAAAUCGUGUGAAACUAUGGGUGGUGCCACUGCUGUUUGUUCUGAUAAGACAGGUACUUUAACCGAGAACAGAAUGAGAAUCGUUAAAGGCUUCUUUGGCUUGGACGCUGCUACCAACUCUCCUCUACAAUUCGACGAUACUAUUGAAGGCAAUGGACCAAAGUCUCCCGAAAUCAUCAGUAAGUUGUUUGAUGACUUCAAGGUCUUCCUUUGCACUAACAUCACUCUCAACUCCACUGCCUUUGAAAAUCCUGACUACGACGAAGCCAAGGAAUCACUUGCCAGAACCAAGCCAAAGCCAAGAUCUUUUUUCUCUCAGUUGUUGUCCAAAAACAAGACUAACCCAGUAGAGUUGGGUGUGAGCUCUGAACCAUACUUAGGAAACAAAACUGAAUCCGCAUUAUUGAUAUUGGCCAAACAGAGGUUCGGUUUGUUCCAGGACAAGCCUUUAGAGCAACAUCGCCAAGAAGGUGCAAAGGACAUCGUUCAAAUUAUUCCGUUCGAAUCGUCCAGAAAAUGGGCUGGUAUAGUCAUGAAGAUCGAGAAUGGUUACCGUGUUUACGUCAAGGGUGCAGCUGAAAUCGUGUUCAAGAACUGUGGCUACCAAUACAACAACGAAGGUAACUUGAUCACUUUGGACAGAAACAUGCGCGAUUUGUCUUUAAGCAAGAUCGAUGAGUUUGCCAACGAUGCCUUGAGAGCUAUUGCAUUGGGUCACCGUGAUUUCGUUGGUGUCAAGAACUGGCCACCUGCUGAAUUGGCUAGUGCUGAUAACAAGAACGAAGUCGACCCAGCUUUGCUUGUUUACGUAUCGUCAAACGAGUCUUCCAAGCCUUUUAUCUUGGACGCUUUGGUUGGUAUCCAGGAUCCAUUGAAGGAAGGUGUUCCUGAAGCUGUAUUGAAGUGUAAGCAUGCCGGUGUCACUGUCAGAAUGGUUACUGGUGAUAACUUGAUCACUGCCAAGGCGAUCUCUAAGGGAUGUAAUAUCUUGACUCCAGACGACUUGUCUAACGAAUAUGCCUUUAUGGAAGGUCCAGCAUUCAGAAAGUUGUCAGUAGAAGAAAGAAACUUGGUUGUUCCUCAAUUGAGAGUGUUGGCCAGAUCUUCGCCCGAAGACAAGAGAAUCUUGGUAGACACCUUGCGUAAGUCUGGCGAAGUUGUUGCUGUAACUGGUGAUGGUACCAAUGAUGCUCCUGCCUUGAAGUUGGCUGAUGUUGGGUUUUCCAUGGGUAUUGCUGGCACUGAAGUUGCCAGAGAGGCCUCGGAUAUCAUUUUGAUGACCGACGAUUUCACCGAUAUUGUUCAAGCCAUCAAGUGGGGUAGAACUGUUGCCACUUCUAUCAAAAAGUUUAUUCAGUUCCAGUUGACUGUCAACAUCACUGCCUGUGUCUUAACGUUUGUUUCGGCCGUUGCUUCUUCUCAAAACCAAUCCGUUUUAACUGCCGUUCAGCUUUUGUGGGUCAACUUGAUUAUGGAUACAUUAGCAGCACUUGCUUUGGCCACCGACAAACCUGACGACUCGUUCUUGAACAGAAAGCCAGCCGGCAGAACUGCCCCUUUAAUUUCAACCUCUAUGUGGAAGAUGAUUUUGGGUCAAUCUACCGCUCAGUUGAUCAUCACCUUCAUCUUACACUUUGCCGGCCGUCAGUUGUUCUUCGGUGGUGCUACCACUGACAACCACCAGGACAAGCAGUUAGAUGCCAUGACUUUCAACACUUUCGUCUGGUUGCAAUUCUGGAAGUUGUUUGUUACAAGAAAAUUGGACGAGGCGGAUGAAGUCACCACUGUAAGAGGUAGAAUCACACGUGAAAACUUGGAUUUCUUCCAGCACUUGUUUAGAAACUGGUACUUCAUCACCAUUGCCGUUAUCAUUGGAGCUGCUCAAAUAUUAAUUAUGUUUGUUGGUGGUGCUUCUUUCAGUAUUGCUAGACAAACACCAGGAAUGUGGGCCACCGCUAUUUUGUGUGGUUUCAUUUCGAUUCCUGCCGGUCUUCUUAUCAGAAUUAUUCCAAACAUUUGGGUUGAAAAGAUUUUCCCAACGAAGGCGUUUAACGAAUUGCUCUACUAUGUUGGUUUCAACUGGUUGAGCGCCAAGAAGAGAGCCAUCCACAGCGGCAAGGAAGUCGAAGAAGACGUAGACUUGGAGAAGUCAUCCUCGUUGUCCAGUACCGAUAACAGAGCCGAGAAGGUGCUUGAGCCUAACCAAAAGUAGACUACAUUUACUAAUAGCAUUCUUCUACGUAGAUUUAAUUUAUACAUUGCAUGCAUACUAAAAUGUGGAUAAUACACAUCUGUAAAUAUAAUUGAGUGCCAAUAUAGGCUUAG